CGAAGCUCGGCUUUGGAAAUCUGGGGAAGGCGACGAGCAAUCCGAGGAGCUCCGCCCCUCUUCUUCUCCCCCACCCCCACUGGCGACGGCGACGGAGGCGAGGGUGAAAAUUCCCCACCAACCGGAGCGCGUGCUUGCUGAUGGAGGUCUCGGCCAGGCUCCGCCCGCCGCCCGCCGCCUCGACGGCGCCGCCCCGCCGCGGCGGAGGGCCCCUGCGACUGCGACGGCUGCUCCCUUCGUCUCGGCCCGCCUCCCGCGCGGUCUCCGCCAAGCCAAUGCAGAUCAGAGCAAGUGCAAUUAAUGACCUGCAAAGAAGCAAGAGUAGCCUGGAAGCACUGUUCUGCUACGACAAAGCUGUUCCAGAGGAGAAUAUCGGGAAACCUGCUGGCCUAGAUUUGGAAAAGAAGAAUGUUGGGAAGAAUCCUCCAUGCGUGCGCUGCGAAACUAAAGGUGCUGUGCUGUGCGCAACCUGCGCUGGUUCAGGCUUGUACGUCGACUCGAUAAUGGAAAGCCAAGGAAUCAUCGUAAAAGUCAGAUGCCUAGGCUGCGGAGGAACUGGAAGCAUCAUGUGCUCCACAUGCGGAGGCCGUGGACACACCUGAAUUGUCUGUUGAUGUUUCUCACAAACAAGGCAAUGAAAUUCAAGUAGCAUCCUCUUGGUGUACGUCCAUCAUCGCCGGGAACUAUCAUUUUUGCAGUAAUCUGUAUACAUUUUACUGACGAUUCAUAGUUGAACGAUGUUCAGAGCAUGCUGCGAACAAUUUCACUGUACUAAAGGAUUCGAUGCUGAGUCGGGUGUUGUACCUUGAGUCUACUUAGUUCAGAGCGUGUGACAUCGUUUUGCUUUUGUAUCAAAAAUUGUUUCAGUUGUGACACUUUACUGAUCCCAACUGUUUGACAUGCGUGCUCAUCGAUGCA